GCGCUGUAGAGCGGUGCGGCGCGCUAUACGAUAUUCAGCUUAUCGUUGAUUCGUUUAAAGUGAAGAAGGUCUUCAAAGUGUGGCAGUUAUUUAGCUUUUCUACAAACAGCUACUGGUCUACAGACAGCUACUGGUGUACAAACCUACUACUAAUCAUAUUAUUUGGAAUAAGUGCUUCGGCCAUAAGUCACCUAUCUAUAGCCAAUAUCGGAUGAAUUUGUAAUAUCGCCAGGGAGGUGAUAUCGGUCAUUGAUUGUUUGCUAGGCCUAGAAUUUAAAAUGAGUGCAGCAGUUAAAGCAAAUAAGGCGAUCUUCGCCGACGGAGAAAACUGUAAACCCGCAUGGUCAGAAGCUAUGGCAUGCUUCAGCGGAAGUGGGAACACUCACCUCGAAAUCAUGGGUAAGCCUGUAAUGGAGCGAUGGGAGACAGAUUUUAUGCACAAAUUAGCCGACAUUGCCAGUUCUAAAGGUGGUAGAGUACUUGAAAUAGGCUUUGGUCUCGCUAUAGCCGCAACAAGGAUUGAAAGUUACUCCAUAGCUGAACAUGUGAUCAUUGAAUGUAAUGAGGGCGUGUUCAAAAACUUACAAGACUGGGCUAAGAACCAACCAAACAAGAUUACACCUCUAAAAGGUCUGUGGGAAGAUGUUGCACCAACCUUGGAAGAUGGGACAUUUGAUGGAAUAUUGUACGAUACGUACCCUUUAUCGGAGAACACUUGGCACACACACCAGUUUCAGUUUAUCAAACAGCAUGCAUAUCGACUACUGAAACCUGGGGGAAUUCUUACAUACUGUAAUCUAACUUCUUGGGGUGAGCUACUAAAAACGAAAUACACUGACGACCAGAAAAUGUUUGAGGAAACGCAGGUGCCUCACUUGCUUGAGGCUGGCUUUAAAAAGGACAACAUAUCCACUGAACUGGUACCGAUGCAACCACCACCUGAAUGCAGAUAUUAUUCUCACAAAUUUAUGAUAGCACCAUCUGUUAUAAAGGACUAAAUGGAACAGAACAUAGUGAAUAUGUUUGUGAAUGAUGUUUAUUGUUGAGAUUCUAGAAUGUUGAUAAGGGAUCUUGAAAUGUUUUUAAGGGUUUCUGGAAUAUUUGUAUGGGAUCUUCUAAAAGUUGUUAACAGUUCCUAGAAUGAUGUUCCUUAAAUGUUGUUAGGGAAUCCUGCAAUAUUGUGGGUUCUUCAAAAGUUAUUAAUUCUUGCUAUUCGUCUACCAGUAAAUCAUUUUAAUUUUGAUAUUAGGACACUGCUGUUAUUUAAUAAAUUGCUGGCUGAAUAAUCAGUACAGUAUUUUUCGUUUUAUGUGCUUUACCCUGAAAAUUAUUGUUAAAAAAGGUCAAUAUUGAGCCAGAUUGUUAAUAUAAAUUUUUAUGUUGCAAUUUUGCUGCUGAAAAUGUACAUUAAUUAUCAAUAUUAAGUGUUUAUUUGCUUUUAUAGUUGGAACAUAGGUUUAUUGUGGCAGAUUUUAAUCUAUAAUUCAUAAGGGAACUAGCAUGUUUUUCGAAGCUGUUGUCUCACAAUUUAUGCACAGCAUGCUUACCGUAUGUUAGCCAACUGUAGGCUGAAAAUCAUUUUGAACAUGCAAAAAUAUAGACAAAUUUCAUUAUUUGUUUAUUUUUUUAUAUAUUGAACUAUAUUUCAAGUGGGUAGCCUUUGUUUAGGUUAGGGCACAUAGAAAAAAUUAUUAGGUUUAUCACCCUUUUUUUUAAGUAGGUGAUGAGGGCGGGCGUUUUUUUUUUUGUAAUCAAAACAAUGGAAUAUUGCUUUUUUUUUUCUUUAUAAGGGAGGGACUGUUUAUAUUUGGCAAGAAUAUUGUAAAUGUGGCAAAAACAAGCCAAACCAGUCAC